AUGUUGUUUUCAGAAAUCGUUAUGACAAGAGGUGUGCUUUGAUCGACAAUCCGACCCAUGCCUUGGAGAAAGACAAAUGGAGCACACAACAACUGUGGGCGUCGGUAACCUAUCCAGACGUCGUCCACUAUCUCCUCUUCGCGACAAGCGCAUAUACCGUGGACCAACUAAAGAAUUACAAAAGUCUGGAGGCCGACAACCAAUUCAUAAAUGGCUGGGUUCGUCAUGCAGCGGAUGGUUCCGGUCCACCAGUGGUCCUGUGAAAGAGCGAGAGCCUCAGAAGAAAGCUGUUACUCCCCAAGGGCGCUUUGACAAGGAUGAGGAGAAAACUAAAGAUGUUCUGGAAAGGUUUCCUGAAGAUGUGAAUCCUGGAACCAAGGAAAAGGGAGGUCCCCGAGGUCCAGAGCCCACCCGCUACGGAGACUGGGAGAGGAAGGGUCGCUGUGUGGACUUCUAGUUCAUUGUCUGUGUUGUACAUUAUUCCACCUGGAAUAUACUUUGGAAUUGUCUGCAAUGUGACAUUUAGAUCAGAAUGAGAACGCUACAAAGUAUGUUGCUGAGUGGCGUACCAUAAUCCAUGCGAGACCUAAAGUGUGUAUCCUAGCCAAGAUGGACUUCUCGUCAUCCACUGAUAAAUUGCUCUAUUCUCCUAAGAAAACUUCAAGAUCACCACAAUGAUUCACGUUUUUAAGAGACAUGAAUGAGUAAUGGUGCAAAAAUUAGGGUACUGAUGUAGUACCUUCAAUUGUCAUACUUUUCUGUAGAGUGCCGAAUGACAUACUGCACACUGGAUUAGAUUGGAUCUUUGACCAAACUAUCUGCAUUCCGAAGGCUAGAUGCAGUUUGUUGAAGGAUGUGGUCGGUGGAGAGAGGUUGGCUGUGUGGCUGGUAUUUAACUGGUACAGGUCAGUGUAGAUGGAUAGCUUUGUUACUCUUUAUGACUCAUAUUUAUGCUAAUUGUGUUUUUUCAUCAAAGUAGGUCUUAUUUGAUUCUUAAUAUUAUUAUGGUGGUACCCAGAAGCAGAGGAGAAACACACUGUUACACUUUCACAAUGACAGUCCUCACAUAAUUACAGAUGUAUAAAUAAAGUAAAAUAUACGAGUAAAGUUUGAUUUACAGAGUAUUGUAAUUCAUUUUGAUGGUCUUCACACUCAAAUGUAGUCUUUUUCAUACUGGACACAGUUGAAGACUUGAGACGGUUGAAAAGGGCUGAAGGGUUGAAAACUAAUGAGCCAAAUUAAUUUAACCGACUAAUAAAUUAAUUUCAGUUAAAAAAAACCUUUGUGGUUAGUUGUUUGAAAUUUAUUUAAAUGCAUAUACAGUAUAUUCCAUCCAUCCGAGGGAAGUAGCUUUAGCAGGAAUACUCAGACUUCCCUUUCCCCAUGCGCUUAUCCAGCUCAUAAGAAGGGAUCCCAAGGCUGAGAGAAAGUCUCUCCAGAGUGUCCCAGGUAAUCCCCGGGGUCUGUUUCCGGUGGGACAUGCCUGGGACAUCCCUCACCAGGGAGGCAAUCGGGAGGCAUCCGGAUCAGAUACCUCAGCCACCUCAUCUGGCCCUUCUCAAUGCGGAGGAGCAGGAGCUCGACACUGAGCCCAUCCCGGAUGACCGAGCUUCUCACCCUAUCUCGAAGGGAGAGCCUCUACCGCCAAAAUUCUCCCGAAAAAAUAAAUUAGUCUUUUAUGUAAAAAAAAAAAAAAGUAGCGAUCCGUCUGGUGUCCAAAUCAGCCGGAAAUUGUCAACUGAAGUCACCGUGUUGACAACUAGUCGCCAUCUUGUCGAUAUUCCAUUGUUUGUUUCCGUGAGUAGGCAUUUCACUUCAUCUUCGUUACGACGCAGCGUAGUUCUUUCAUCGAUCCAACUUGUAUCACGGGGAAGUGCAUUUUUAAAUUAUGCUUGGGUUGAAAGUAAGGAGUUUGGGAGCUGGGUUCGUCGAGAUCCAAAAGAUCGGCAUAUGUUUUACUGCCAUCUGUGCAAGCAGAGUUACCAGCUUGAAAAGAUGGGCGUCAAAGCGCUGGAGUUGCACCGGAAAAACAGGAGACAUGCUGAUUUGGCGAAGACUCUCUCAUCUUCCGUUGGUUUAAAUCUGUUUCUAAAAUAUCAAGAUAGUGAAGCAUCAACUUCAGGCAGUGGUACUAGCAGUGCAUGGGCACUAGGGAUCGCAAAAAAACACUUUCAUAACCGAUUUUAACCGAACAGUUGUAGCAAAAAAAAAAAAAAAAACCAUUAACCGGUUUUAAAACCGGUACCAUAGUGGUGUUUACAUAAUUCACCCGCGGGACCUUGAGUUGGGGCCGCACGGACUGUUAUUGUUGUUGCUUUUCCGGAGUGACGAGUUCAGAGUUCCCCCCGUUAUGCAAGUAGUGUUUUGAUGUCUGCCAAUAAAACACGUUUUGUUCCUGUGUCCGACACUCCGCCUCCGACUCCUUUUCUCCGGU